AGAUCAGAUUUUAGAGAGAGAAAGGUUCUGGUGUUUUAAGUGUUUGUUGAGGGUGUUUUCAGUUCAUUUCUGUACGUGUUCUCUUCUGUGUGUAUUUCAGUGAGGAGAGAAAGAAUAGAAAGAAGCUAUGGCGUCGAAGCAAGAAGAAAGAGCCGAGGAAGCUAAAAAGGAAUAUGAACCAGAAGAGAAGCACGAGGGACAAGAAGAGGGUAUUAUUGGUGUUCCUGUUCUUGGUGGUAUAUUGAAGUCAGUUCAGGAAACUCUUGAGCAAGCCAAGGAGGUUGUCACCGGAAAAACCCAAGAGACAGCUGAGAAGACGAAGAAGGGUGUAGAGGCGGCUUCGGAGAAAGCCAGAGAAACCAAAGAUAGGGAGGCGGAGAAGGCGGGCGAGACAAAGGAUACUGCGGCCGAGAAGUCUAGAGAGACGAAGGAGAAGGCUGAGGAGUAUAAGGAGAGAGCAAAGGAAGGAGACAAGUCGGCUAUGGGAAAGGUGGGAGAGUGCAAGGAUUAUGCGGCUGAGAAGGCAAGAGAGGCGGAGGAGAAGGCGAGAGAGGCGGAGGAGUGCGCGGCAGAGAAGGCAAAAGAGUAUAAGGAAUAUGCCGCCGGAAAAGCCGGAGAGUACAAGGACUACACGGCGGAGAAGCUAAAAGAGGCGGCAGAGAAGGCAAGAGAGGCGGCGGACAUGGCGGCGGAGAAGACAAAGGAGACCAAGGAUUCAGCGGCGGAGAAGGCGAAAGAGACCAAGGAUUCAGCAGUGGAGAAGGCUGGUGAGUACAGGGAUUACACGGCGGGGAAAGCGGCGGAAGGGAAGGACACCACUGUUGGUAAGAUUAGUGAGUUGAAGGAAUCUGCGGCUGAAGCUGCUAGAAGAGCUAUGGAGUUCUUUACCGGUAAGAAAGAAGAGACAAAGCUGAAGGCAGAGGAGACUGGUGAAGCUGCUAAGGAGAAGUUCCAAGAGAAUGAGGAAAAUGCGAGGAGGAAGAUGGAGGAGAUGAAAAUUAAGAGAGAGGGUUACAAGGAAGAAGAGGAUGAAGGCACAGAGAGGGCCGAGGAAGAUAAAGAAAGUGCAGGUGAGCAAGGUGGCGGAGACAGGCCCGGAGCAAAGGCCCAUGUCAUAAGCUUGCACCGUCGCGGCAAGGACUGAUCGACUAAUUUAAGUAAUGGAGAGAGUUUGAUGAUAUAUGUAAACAGAUACACAAUGGUCUGACAGUGCAUAUGCCUUUUGUUUUAAAUUUCUAAGUCAUUUCGUAUUGUCGUACAUUUCAUGUUUUGGGAAAGCAUAGACGAUAGUGCUUGCUUUGGUCGUGUUACUGUUACCUGGGGAUA